AAACUCCUUCGUUCCCUUAUCUCCUCCUCCCCUUCCCACUCCCUUCUCUCCCCCCAAAACCUCUCCAAAACCUCCAUUUGUGACCGCCUAAAAUCCCGCAAAACCCUAAUAGUUCCACUCCCGAGAUGGUCUUUCAAGCCCUAAUCCGCCCAUCUCUCCCCAACGACCCCAAAUCUUUCUUAUUCUCCUCACCUAUGGAGGUCUCUUCUCCUCUCAAAUCCGAUCUCUCCUUCUCUUCCUCCCUCUCCCCUUUCCCUCUCCAAACCCGCCUCAAGUCCCUCAAAUCCUUCCGCUCCUUCUUCCCCAACUCCUCCGUCUUCGCCGUCGCCGUCAACCCCGACCAAGAGGCGCCGGCCAACAGCCCCCAUAGGCUCCUCAAAGAGCUCGCCGAGCGUAAAAAAGUGGCCUUUCCGAAGAAAAGGACCCCCCCGAGGACGUUCAUACUGAAACCCCCGCUAGAUGAUGCUAAAUUGACCGAGAGAUUCCUCAACAGCCCCCAGUUGUCCCUAAAGUCGUUUCCUUUGUUGAGUUCUUGCUUGCCGUUCUCCCGUUUGAACAAUGCCGACAAGACGUGGAUGGAAGAGUACCUUCUCGAGGCAAAGCAGGCGCUCGGAUAUCCCCUGGAGCCAUCUGACCGGUUCGAUGAUGAUAACCCGGCGAAGCAGUUUGACACCCUGCUGUACUUGGCGUUUCAGCAUCCGUCGUGUGAUAGGACCAAUGCAAGGCAUGUCCGGAAUGGGCACUCAAGGCUCUGGUUCUUGGGACAGUAUGUGCUCGAGCUGGCAUUUGCUGAAUACUUCUUGCAGAAGUACCCGAGGGAGUCGCCGGCGCCGAUGAGGGAGAGGGUUUAUGCGCUGAUUGGGAAGAGGAAUUUACCAAAGUGGAUCAAAGCUGCGAGCUUGCAGAACUUGGUGUUUCCAUUUGAUGAGAUGGAUAAACUGAUCCGGAACGAGAGAGAGCCACCAGUGAAAUCUGUAUUCUGGGCACUGUUUGGAGCAAUAUAUCUGUGUUUUGGUAUGCCUGAAGUUUACCGUGUUCUAUUUGAAGCAUUUGGAAUGGAUCCAGAAGGUGAGAGCUGUCAACCAAAAUUGAGACGGCAACUGGAAGAUGUUGAUUAUGUUUCCGUUGAGUUCGAAGGCCGCCAGCUUAGCUGGCAAGAUGUUGCUGCCUAUAAGCCCCCGCAAGAUGCACUUUUUGCACAUCCAAGGCUUUUUAGAGCAUGCGUUCCUCCAGGUAUGCAUCGUUUUCGAGGGAAUAUCUGGGACUUUGACAGCAGACCCCAAGUCAUGCAAAUACUAGGAUACCCUUUGCCAAUGAAUGACAGAAUUCCAGAAAUCACAGAAGCAAGGAACAUUGAACUUGGACUUGGGCUUCAGUUGUGCUUUAUGCAUCCCUCCAAGUACAAAUUUGAGCAUCCGCGAUUUUGUCUGGAGCGGUUGGAAUAUGUUGGCCAAAAGAUUCAGGAUCUUGUUAUGGCUGAGAGGUUACUCAUGAAGCAUCUUGAUGCACCUGGAAGAUGGUUACAAGAGAAGCAUCGCCGAUUAUUAAUGAACAAGUACUGCGGACGGUACCUGAGGGACAAGCACCUUCAUCGCUUCAUCAUAUAUGGGGAGUCAGUCCAAGACAAGUUUGAGCAUAAUCGUAGGCUCAGGAAUCCGGCCACAACUGCAGUCCAACAAGCAAUACAUGGGCUUGCGUACACAGUCUAUGGCAAACCAGAUGUCAGGCGAUUGAUGUUCGAAGUGUUUGAUGUUGAGCAGAUCCAACCCAAGGCUGUUUGAGCUUCGAACUUCAUUCGUGCUGGUACUAUAGUGUCCAGUGCCCAAUAGGGUCAACAUGGAAGAAUGACUUCUAGAUUUAGAUUUUGCUUCAGUUAAUGUAAACAAGUCGGAUAAGGUGGGUAGAAUUUUUUGUAAUGGAACAGCUGUAAAUUACAUAUUUUUUAAUGGAAAUUUGAUGAUAUCUAUCAUUAUUACAAAGCAUGAGUUCACUGUGGAACUCACUUCA